AAAUUGAAUAUUUCACUCUUUGCUGAAACUAUCCUGGAUGGACACCAUUUGCUUCUCAGACUGUUUAAUGCAGUGUGAAGAAGAAGAACAUUACUCUUCCUCAGUGACAUUUAAGUGGUUAAAUGUAACUUGUUCUUAAUUAUAUAAAAUGGAAACACACACAAGCAGACUAUACAACUGUGGCCCUGACUGUCAAAACACUGUUUGCAGAAAACACAAUGACAUUUUGCAGUUUUGUGUGUUUUGUAUUUUCUACAACAGUCUUUGGGUUUUGACCUCCAGGACCACCGUAUAUGAAGCACAGGCAUAUUAAGAAAACAGCAAGUUUACAGCACGUGGGCUUCUUUUGGGACACAAGUUUAAGAGCCAUCCAUCUCUCUAUUAUCUAUGAUGCUUUUCAUUUUAAGGGAUUCAAUAUUCAAUAUUCAAGAGUUUAUUAUCAAAUGCACAACAAUAACAUUAAGCAGUCGCUGGCAAUUAAAUGCUUGAGUCACAGGCUCACUUCUAGCAAUGCUCAAGUAAUCACAACCAAAAAAAAUAAAAUAGAAAUAGCAUAAAAUAGAAUAAAAUAGAAUAUCAAAAAUUUAAAAUAGAAAAUAAAAUAUAUAUAGAUAUACAGCUGAAGAAAAAAGAAAAAAUAGUGCAAUUAUCUGCAAUAGUACAAAUAUACCACGGGAGGCAGGGAAGCUGGAUUCUUUUUAGUGUGUAUUUUCAGUUUUUACACAUGUAAAAAACCUCGUGCUCCCUCUGUUUUAAGCCUUUUUGGCCAUGUAAAGCACCUUGCCUGUAACAGUGCAGUACAGAUAAACGUUACUUGCUUUAUUUUGAAGAUGAUAAGCGGAGGUCGCUGCUUUUAUUUUGUAGUAUUCAAGGUUGUACUUGUCAGAUCACUACCGUGCAUGUUGGUUUGAGUUCAGUCACUAAAUGAGACGACAGAACAAAGUGAGCUGGCAGGAUUCCAUCAUGUGUGCAGGUUGUCACGCUACACAUUCUGUUUAGUGGGACCGUGCUGCAAACGCCCCGGGACGUCACUUCUUCCCAACACCCGCUGGAGAAUGGACGAUCAGCAACAACCGCCCCUGUUCACGUUCGGUGUGAUCGCUGACAUCCAGUACGCGGACAUCGACGACGGCUACAACUUCACCCGGUCGCGGAGGCGCUACUACCGCAGCGGCCUCCAGCUGCUGAGGAACGCCCAGCAGGGGUGGUCGGACUCGGCCGUGGCGCCGCGGUUCGUCCUUCAGCUCGGGGACAUCAUCGACGGCUUCAACAAGGGCAGCGGCGCCUCGGACCGGGCGCUGGACACGGUGCUGAGGGCGUUCGGCUCCGGCCCCGCGGAGGUGCACCAUGUGUGGGGCAACCACGAGUUCUAUAACUUCAGCAGGGGGGCGCUGCUGAGCUCCAGGCUCAACACGACCCCCACCGACACUGACACCGAGGAGCCGGCGGACCGGGCUGCUCCCGAGAUCUACGCCUACCGAUUCAGCCCAUUCCCCGGCUUCACCUUCGUGGUGCUGGACGCCUACGACGUGAGCCUGCUGGGCAGAGAGGAGUCCAGUGAGGAGUACAAGGGAGCGAUGGAUGUGAUCAGACAGCACAACAACAACGAGGACCUCAACUGCCCCCCAGUGGUAGAGGGUCUAGAGAGGAGAUUCACCAUGUUCAACGGUGGGUUCAGUAAGGACCAGCUGGACUGGCUAGAGUCUGUGCUGUCGUCGGCUGAUGAGAAGAAGGAGAGAGUCACUAUUAUCAGUCACCUCCCUGUCCACCCCAUGUCCACAGAUCCCAUCUGCCUCGCAUGGAACUUCGACAAGCUCCUGGACAUCAUAAAGUCCCACAGCAGUGUGGUGUGUUUCAUGGCAGGCCACGACCACGACGGCGGAUACUGCCAAGACAAAGACACUGGCGUGCACCACCUGACGUUGGAGGGGGUGAUUGAGACUCAGCCUGACAGCGACGCCUUCGGCACGGUGUCGGUGUACGAGGACAGGAUGGUGCUGAAAGGGAGCGGGAGGAUCGCAGAUCGAGUGUUUCUGUUUCAAUGCAGCUGAAGAAACACAGAUCAUAGAUGACAUGAUCUGUAUCCCAUCUCACAGCAGAGGCCUUUGACUUUAAGUCCUAUAACUUUGCACCCUUCUAGUUUUAUUUAAAGGCCUUGGUGGAGAAGUAUGGACAAUUACUGUAUCACAAAACGCAGUCACUCGGCUGUGUUUAGUAGGCACAUGCUGUCAUAUGCACUUACCUGAUCAGAACAGAUCAACAACUGCAGUACCUCAAAUAUUUUAUUGAAUUUAUGAGUUUUGAUCUAAAUUUUGACUAUGAAAUGUAUCCAGACAAUGGUUGCUUUAGGGGAUUACCCAUUAAAUGCAUAUUUAUAUAUUUUGAGAGGGAACUGGUUUUUCUUGAGGGAUUGCUGUGUCUUUUUUUAAACUUGUUUGCUUCUUGCACACAACUGAUUGUCUUACAUUCUACUUUUAGUUGGGUGAGAAAUUUAUAAGUGCAUUGUAUUAACUGACAAUUAUGGAUGCCCAGUUAUGAGGUGAUGAGAUCAGCCUAAGAUGAGUGCAAAUCUGUUUUGUGUACAAUGUAAAACAAUCAGUUCAAUGAAUAAAAAGAAAGAAAAGAAAACUUCAUAUCAGCAGUAGUUGCACUUUCCUGUCCAGCUGACUGUCCGUGUCUUAUCGCUGUCACUUUCAAUUAAAUUACUUUGUCUUGUAGUUGAUAGAUUAUAGAUAUCUGUAUAUGGCAUGUUCAUAAUUGUGGCCAUCUCCGAGACAACCGUGUAUACUCCGUCCACUGAAGAAGACCAUAAGAGGGAUGUAGCACCUCCCUAUGUAAUAAAAUUCACUUUUAAUGUAAUUAUCCCACAAACCUAAUAGCAACCAUUACUACAAAAGUAAUACAUAAUUUCCUGCAAAUGUAAUAGCUUUUACUAGAUGGCUUUACGUGCAACAAAAUUUCUUUGAACUUUCUGUGAACUGACAAGGAAAGAUAAAGCUGUGAGUGAGUUUGAGAGAAAGACAGCGAAGGUUGAAGGUGGAAUUGUUAUUGCGCAGCCUAAAUUGUUAUUUCUAACUUUCUCAGAGCACUGCUUUGAGGGGUUCUGACCCGUUCUGCCCAAACCCCAUGAUAUUUUCUAAUAAGCUGACUCAAACCUAUUGGCAGGUGUAUGAGUAAAUCAAUAAACUACAAUGACGACAAUUUC